GAUGUAUAUAUUAGGGCAUACAGCCUUGGGGGUGUCACAAGUCUCCUCCAGCUCACUAUGGCAGCAUAUGCAAGCUUCCUUCUCCUGGCUGCUCUCUGCAUAGGGACAGCCCAUUCCCUGCAAUGUUACACGUGUAUCACUGCGACCAGCAACAGCAACUGCAACACAGCGACUAACUGCUCAGCCACACAAGGCAACUGCGAGACCAUUGUAGCAAGUGUUUCAGUCCUUGGAUUUUCUACAACCUCAAUAACCAAGAGCUGCGCAGCCAGCUGCACGCCAACCGGCGGUAGUUUCGUCGUGGGUUCAACCUCCGUGUCCUGCUGCUCCACUGACCUGUGCAACACCAGCGGAGCCAUCAGCAUCAAGUCCAGCUAUCCCGCCAUUUUCCUGGCAGUGGGAACCCUUGUGAUGUUCAUCAGCGGCUCCCUUCUCUGAUAUAAGAUAUGAGAUAACAGAUUGUCCAACCGGCAUCAAUAAAAAAAAUUGUAAUGAGAAGCCUUGAA